CGCCCGGAUGGAGCUGGAGCGGUUGGUUCGGAAGGUGACGACGUUGCAGGUGCGGGGUGGGCAGGGUGCACACGAUUACUACCCCAUGGGAUCUCAGACUGGGACCUUCGGACGAGAUGAGGCCGUCACGUUUAGUUACCUACUCGCGUGCUCGCCUCUGAAGGCCUGCGUCCGGGGCUUCUUAGUCCGACGCCAGUUCCAGAGUCUUCGAGCUGAGUAUGAGGCUAUUGUACAAGAAAUCGAGGGUGAUCUGGGCGCGCUUCAGUGGACUGAGGGCUGGAUUCCCAAGCCCAGAUUUCUCCCGAAGAAGGCAAAAUCCCAUCAGACCUGGAAAGCCAGAGAGAGGGUACCAAGUCCAAAGGAACUAUGGAGCCACUUCCCAUGUAAAGAACCUGAGAAAGAGGCCAUCUGGGAGGAGAUGAUACUGAAGAAGUCUAGAGAGAGCUCAGCAAACUCAGGCAGUCUUCCCUUCAGAGAUGACAGCUCAUGGCUUCAGGAUGAGCAGAACAGGAAGACCAGGAAACUGAGCCAAGGAGAGACCAGAGACAUGUCAAGGAUGGACAACCCAGAAGCUGCAGGUCCAAGACUGCCCCAGAGCCAGACUGAGCUCCAGGAGCUCCAGUACCACCGCAGCCACUUGGCCAUGGAGCUGCUGUGGCUACAGCAGGCCAUCAAUAGCCGUAAGGAGUACCUAGUUCUCAAACAAACACUGAGAUCAACAGAGGUGAACCAGACCAGAGAUGAGCCCAGCAUGUGCCCAGACCACAGGGGACCGGGCUGUGAGAAAGCUGGGCCACAACCAAGCCUACCACUGGAAGACCAGUCCUACAGAGACGGGACCACUGGAGAGCCAGACCACAUGGGUGACUCCUGCUGGAGACUCAAAUCACAACCCCAUAAAUCCCCAGAAAGACUGGCCACUACAGACAAAACCACUGCUAGGGCCAAAUACAGGGACCCAUGCUACAGGGGGACUGGACCACAGCUGCCCACAUUGUCAGAUAACCAGGCCACAGGGAAGAGGCUCACCAAAGAGCCAGACUGUGGAGAACAGACCUUUGGAGGGAGCUCACAGCUGACAAAACUUCUGGAGGACCAGUCUCCCAAAGGCCUCAAACCUAGGGGCUACUGUUCUGAAAAGGCCAGGACACAGCUAUGUACACUUUAUGAGGGCUCAGACAUCAAAGACAAGUCUCCCAGAGGGCCAGACCAAAAACAGCCUGAUUGCCAAAGAGCUGGGCCACGAGAGUUGGGUCUCUCAGGGGACCAUGUCAUCCGGGAUGGGUCUUUGGCAGAUUAUGGUGGCCUGGAUUUCUGGAAGGCUAAGCCACCCAAGGGCCAGACCAGCAGUGAUAAAAGCUCUAGAGACAGAACCUCCAAUGAAUCUAUCCGUGAAGGAUGGAAAAACCAGAAUACUGGGGAUCUACCAUGGGGAUCAAAGCCACCUGAGAAACUGUCUUCCACUAGAGAGGACCACUGGAGGGGCAUACUGUGGAAAGCAGGACCACCAGGGUAGAUCCUGGGGAAUCAGGGAGGACCAGGUUCCAAAGGGAUGCUAUGAAAAGGCAAUGAGGAUCUCCUCCUAGCUCCUUGGUACCAGCUCUACCCCCUGCCCCUGGCCAUUGAGACCUGGCUAAUGAGACCAAGAGAAGCUAAAGCACAGGGCUGGUACCAGCGGAGAGAGAAGAGGGAGGAGGAUACUCUCAUCCUUUGCCUGUGGUUCAGUCCACAUUUUGGGACUUUCCUGGGGUAAAUAAAGUGGGGGGCCAGACAGAGAAUAAAGGUUUUUCUUAGACUCUGA